UGUCGGCACGUUAUUUCUAGCCAAGAAAAAGUCUAAGGCUACAUUUGAUAGUCAUAAAAAUCGCGUUGCAUCAAAGCACGCGAAUUUCGCGAUUGCUAUUGGACGCGUUUUAUAACUUCGUGUCCUUUUGUAAAUAUAUGUGAAUAGUGUAUUUAGUAAAUUAUUAUAAAAAGUAUUAAAAAUAAUAACGCAGUGAUUUAGUAGACAUUUAUGUGUUGGCGUUGUGUUCCAACCGUUGUUUUGGCUGUUGCUAAAAAAAAAAUUUCACAAGAUUUUACAAGAAAUAAUUUUAAAUAAAUAUAUUGGUAUAUAUUUACAUAAUUAUACUAUCAAAAAAACAUUAAAACGUCCGCGUCUACCAUUUAACCAACAUACAAAGUAAAAGCUACUUGACUAAGUGCUCAACAGAAUGAAGUGGCUCAGUGCUGGAAGUGGUGGUACCAGCGAACCGGCACCCUCCAUGCAGCUGCAUCAUCCCUCUGCAAAUGGACAUAUACCUGAUAUUGAUCAGUGUGCACAAAUGAUAGCAAGUGGAGAUGCUAUGAGAAUUCAAGCUGGACAGACCAAUCAGAUUGGUGUCAGUAGAACCCAAGAUGACGCUAUGGUUGGUUAUGUUUUUCAAAGACCUACAGAACCUGAUUAUAAUGCUCAAGCUAAUACUUUUCAAAGCAAACAAGCACCAAGAGCUUGGGCACUUGCUGAUGAUGCUAUUAUUGAUAACAGCCAUGAGAAAUGGAAAUACCCAAUGGCAAAAUUGGGUGUACCACAGCAAAGUCAACCACAACAAUUGGGCCUUCAGACAAUGAAUAAUGUUCAUUUACCAUAUGAAUUACAUCCCAUGCAACUUAAAAGUGCUGCACCUGGAACAGAACAUCUGGUUUAUCUUAACAAUCAAAUGACAACUCAACAACAAGUUGCAUUAUUUCAUCAUCAACAACAACAGCAACAACAGCAGCAGCAGCAACAACAGCAGCAGCAACAACAGCAACAGCAGCAGCAUCAACAGCAACAACAAUACAGAAAUGGCCAGAUCGCACCCUCGGCAAAAAAGCUCUGGGGCGUUGACGAAGGUGGUUCAAAAGAUGAAGGGGGUGUCAAAGGCGGUGGGAUACUUCAUCUUGGUGAUCAUCAUCAAAUGUGGCGAGAUUCAACUUGGAGCACUCCAGAUCAUGCAGUAUCACAGCCAAUUUCGAUGGCAACCGGAAGACGAGUUAGUGUGGGAACAGGUUACCAUCAUCAAACAUCUGAAGUUGGAGCUGUACUUAGUCCUAGAAGCAGUGAAACCGGUGGUCUUGGUGUUAAAAUGGUUGAAUACGUUCUUGGAUCAAGUCCAACUACACCAAAGGAUUUGGAAUCCCGAAUGAGCGCUCUCAGAUUGAAUGCAGACAAUGACAAAAAAGAUAAAGACAAAGGAUCAGCAAGUCCAUUUGACGGUUCAAAAGAUGAUAAUGUUCCUCAAGGCAAUGGGCUUGUUUCGCAAAAUGGUCUUGAUGAUGACAAGGGUUUCAAUCGAACCCCCGGAAGCAGACAACCGUCACCAGGUGAAGAAGAAUUUCAAAAAAAUGCUGGAGGAACUUUAGCAGUUAGUGCAGGUGGUGGUGUUGUUUUAUUAAAACCAGGUGUCGAUGUUGUUGGUAGCGAAGAACAUUUUAUGGCAGCAUUUGCCCCAGCACCACCCCAUCAUCUUCAACAUCAUCAAGCACCACCAACUCAUCAUCUUCAGCAUCCUCAUUCACAUGCAGCUCAACUUUUUGGUGCGCAAGGACCAUUACCACCACAAGGACCACCGCCAACUCAGCAGCAACAACAACAAGGACCUCCACAGCAACAAGAUACAACAACUCACUUUGAUGUACAGCAAUUAUUUCGUGGUCAACCACAAGGUGCGACUCCUCAGCAGCUUCAACUUCUUCAGCAACAACAACAACAGCAACAGCAGUAUCUUGCGGCAUCUCAGGUACAACAGCAGCAGCAACAACAACAGCAGCAACAGCAAAAUUUUCCAACUGCUCCUUACACUGUAAUAAGUGGACAGGAACCAUAUGUUGGUGCUCUGAUAGCUGGUGCACCUCCAGUAGUACCUCAAUAUUAUGGAGUUGGUCCAUGGGUUUAUCCAGCAGGACUAUUGCCUCAAGCACCACCACAAGCUGCAGCUCCACCACCACCCAGAAGACCACUGACACCAUCUUCAGCAGCCGCUGCUGCUGCUGCUGCUCAAGAUAGUGCUAAUAAUCUUGCACAGACGGUUCAAGGACAAUAUCAAGUAAUACCAACGUACUAUGAUCAAAACGGAUCCUUAGUAAUGGCCGGUGUACGAGGUCUUGGAUCUGCUGCUACACCCAUGAGAUUAGUCAGUCCAGCACCUGUUCUUGUUAACAGAGCUCCAUCCCAACCACCACCAGGACCACCAGCACCACCUCCACCAAGUCUAUAUUCACAGCCUACUUCAACAUCUCAUAAUAAUGCAACACCUGGAGAAUGCUUAGGUCUCGCGGCGGGAAGUGCGGCAGUGAUAGCUCAAGCUCAGGCGGUUGCUGUACAGCAAGCACAACAACAGGGUACGGGACUUGCUGCUGGUUUGGCAGCUUUGGGUUACGGUGGCUCGCCACUUGGUGCCCUUGGCUCGCCUGCUCAACUACAGAGCACAGGUCUAGGUCUUGGAGCAUCAUCGACUGGUAGACGAGAUUCAUUUGACAGAAAUACAUCAGCAUUUAGUCCAAGUCUAGAGUACAGUCGUGGCAAAUGGCCGCAAAGUUAUGGUGCCUUAGGGACUGUUACAGCAUCUCCUAGUCCUUUAGGACUUUCUUUGACACCACCACCGACAAUUGGAGGAUCACUGGGCGGAUUAGUUGGUGGGGCCAGUCGUGUAUCAGCAGCACCUGGUGCUGAAGCUAAAUUUCGUACAAGUGGAGUCCCUACUUUAACAGCAAAUGGAGUAUUUGGAUCCAGUAGCUCUCUCUUUCCCAACUUGCAAGCACCUAAACCUGCCCGUAAUGUUGCGUCAGGAGUGGGAGAUAAAGGCGCGGGAGGACGUUCACGAUUACUAGAAGAUUUUAGAAAUAAUCGUUUUCCAAGUCUUCAAUUACGAGAUCUUGCCAACCAUAUCGUAGAAUUCAGUCAGGAUCAACACGGCUCGCGUUUCAUACAGCAGAAACUUGAACGCGCAUCAGUAGCUGAGAAACAACUCGUUUUCCAAGAAAUUCUUGCGUCUGCAUAUUCACUUAUGACUGAUGUAUUUGGAAACUAUGUAAUUCAGAAAUUCUUUGAGUUUGGAACACCUGAGCAAAAAUCAACACUCGCUCAAAAAGUUCGAGGUCAUGUAUUGCCGUUGGCACUUCAAAUGUACGGUUGUCGAGUAAUUCAAAAAGCACUUGAGUCUAUUGGACCCGAACAACAACAGGAAAUAGUACGAGAAUUAGAUGGCCAUGUGUUAAAGUGCGUAAAAGAUCAGAACGGGAAUCAUGUCGUUCAAAAAUGCAUCGAGUGUGUCGAGCCUCGAGCACUGCAAUUUGUUAUUGGUGCAUUUGCCGGUCAAGUUUAUUCUUUGAGUACACAUCCGUAUGGUUGCCGGGUUAUCCAACGUAUUUUGGAACAUUGUACACCCGAACAAACUCAGGGUAUAUUGCAAGAAUUACAUGCAGCAACAGAUCAAUUGAUACAAGAUCAAUAUGGAAAUUAUGUUAUUCAGCAUGUACUUGAGCAUGGUAAAAUAGAGGAUAAAGCACAACUUAUUAGUAGUGUCAGAGGUAAAGUUCUAGCUUUAUCACAACAUAAAUUUGCGAGUAAUGUCGUCGAGAAAUGUGUCACUCAUGCUACACGACAAGAACGUGCUGUUCUUAUUGAGGAAGUUUGCGGUUUUAAUGAUAAUGCCCUCAAUGUCAUGAUGAAAGAUCAAUACGCAAACUAUGUAGUACAGAAAAUGAUUGAUGUUGCUGAGCCAGCACAACGCAAAGUACUGAUGCAUAAAAUACGACCACAUCUAAGCAGCCUUCGUAAAUACACUUAUGGAAAACAUAUUAUUGUUAAACUUGAGAAAUUUUUCAUGAAAACUGCGUCAGCAAUUGGUGUAUCAACUCCGGCCGGUACAACUAACAGUACAGGUGAUCUUGGACCAAUAGGACCACCGACAUCUGCUGCAGGUUCUGUGCCAACACCAACUCAACAAUCAACACAGGUUUUGUAAAUUUAAAACGAUGAAGACAAUUCAGAUUUUUUUUUUUUCUGUUUGAAAGAAAGAAAAACAUUAUAUCGAAUUUGAAUUGGAUAUAACAUUUUUCCAAUGAAAGAAAAAAAAUUUUAAUAAUUUUUUUUUACUUACCAAAUAUUCACAGAGAUUUUAUUUCUAUCGAUAAAAAAAAUGUGAAUUCUUUUAAUUGAAUUGAAGAAAUCUCAGUGAAUAAUUUAAAUAGUAAAAUGACGAUACGUCUAUCGAUAUGAAAAAAAAAAUAUUUUUUUUUUUUACGGCUUAGAUAUAUUGGAAGUUUCCGAUAGUGAUUGAUUAGAAAAAAAUACGACAGCGAAUCGUAUUAUCUAAAAAUAAUGUUAUUAAAUCAACUGAAAAAAUAGACCAGACGAAUGCGAUUAACGAGUUUCUUCUCAAUGUAUAGUUCAAAGUUUAUUAACUUUUUUUUUUAAUUAAAUUGUCAUAAUCAUUUUUCAUUUAAAAAAGUUGUAAUUGUUUCUAAAUAUUUUCAAAGUUUUUUAUUUUUAUUUUUAAAUAAAGAGUUAGCUUUGAAGAAUCUCGUUGUCAGUUAACUCGAGUUGAUACUUUUUUUUUAUUACGGUGUAAAAAAAGGAUGCUAUAUAUACACAUAUAAAUAUAUAAAAUAUCGAUAUUAAUCGAUAAGAUUUUUUUUUUUCGUUUUAAUUUCUAUAUACAUCCUUGUGUUUCAUUAUUAUUUUUCUUUUCAUUUUAAAAAUCUUAAUUUUGCUUCUUGUAAAGCUAAAAAAUGAGUAAAAUUUUUUAGAGAUAGCUAAUGCUUUAGCAAUGCAUGCAUUUGAGCAUCAGAUUAAAAUGGUAAAAUGUAUGUUUGAAAUUCUGACGAAAAAAAAAGCAAAAAAAAAAAAAUGUCUUAUAAUUUAAUUUUUUUUUUCUUGACAUGUAGAAAGUUUUAGGAGACGUCAUUUAAAUAUUAUGACAUUUAAUGACAGUGAAAUUUAAUAAUGUCCUCGAUUUUCAUUUACUUUCAUUGUGCUUUACUUAAAAUAUUCUUUUGUUUUAAUCGUCACCGAUUUCAUGCUAAAAAUAAUUUUUUUUAAAUAUUUCAUCUUUUAGUUUUGUGUAAAAUUUAAUAUGUGAAUAAUCGAAGAUGAAAAAAAAAUAUGACAUGAUACGAAAGUAGGCGAGAAAAAAAAUUACAAGUCCGUCUUCUUGAUUUUUUUUUUAAAACUAGAUAACGAGCUUUAAAUUUUAAGUAAUAUCUUUGAUUUAAAAAAAACAUAUAAAUUUAUUUUAUAAAUCUCAAAGCUCGGAUUUUUUUUCUCAUUUACGCGAAUUUUGUAAAUUGUGAUAUAAAUAAUAAAUAAAUAUCGAGAUGUAUAGAUAAGGCAACAAUCCCCUUUUCACACUUAAUGUCGUGAAAUAUAAAUUUGAAUAGCAACUCCCCUACUUUAUUAAUAAUAUUAUUACUCUUAGUUAUAAUUAUCUUUUUUCUUUUUUUAUAUAUUUCGCUUAAAUAUUCAAUUAUCAUUUUAAACGACCUUGUGAAUAUUGUGUAUUAUAAUUACAAUUUAAUUAAACUUAAAAAAAAAAAAAAACAACAUAAGAACAAAGUAUGGUUUACAUUCUCUACAGUUAAAUAUUUAGGAAGAAACAAAAUCAACAAAUAAUACCGAGUUUAAUUUUAAUCGUUUUUGAGCCCUUGUGUAAGCAAUUCCCUUUCUUAAGCUUAAACAAAGAAGUAAAUAAAAAUAUUGUAAAAUAAAAAAAAAAAAAGCAUCUGACGAAAAUGACGUUUAAGCAAAAAAACGAUUUUAAAUUAUAAAAACAAAAUCUAUAGUAAAUAAUAUGAUAAAUUUAUAAAUUAUUAAUUAAUUAUUGAAUUCUUAUUGUAUAUUGUAAAAAAAACCUCGAAAAAAAUUGUUGACGCAUUUUUACGAGGAAUAACUUUUAAAAAAUAGUCUCAUUUAAAUUAUUUGCGAUUAUUUUAUUCUUCAAUGGCUAAAAAUCAUACAAUUAAAAUAAAAUCUUUGCAGUAAUUUAUUAUAAUAAAUUAAGCGUUUGAAUUUUUAUUAAUUACAUUAAAUAUAUGACAUAAUAAAUGCCUUUAAAAAAUGAUUAAAUAUUAAAACGUUUCAGUGAAUAAAUUAAAUAGUUUAACUAAUUAAAUGAUACUCGAAAAAUUUUAUGAAAAACCAGUUUUAAGACUUUGAUAAUUCUUUUAUAUAAAUUGUGAUUAAUAUAAUAAAUACACAUGUCAAUCGAGUUGCAUCUCUCUUGUACAAUAUGUAAUAUUUUGUUGUAAUGUAGGUGUUAAAUAAAACAAAAAAAAUAAAAUAACGAGCAACUCGACAGCAGUGAACUUCUAUAUAAAAGAAAUUAAAAAGUAGUAGUGUAACAAAAAAUUUAAUAAAAUUUUUUUAAUUUGAGGAAAUAAUUGAGGAAGAAAAACUAUAGCAUAUUUCUUUGUAAAAUAUUGUAUAUAACCACUUUAUAUUGAAAAUUAUAAAAUUUUUAGGAUACUAUCUUUUUCCCUCUCUUUUUCCUCUCAUGAACAACUCCAUUUAAUAGUUUAAAAUAUAUAUACAUGUAUGUUUCUUAAUUAUUUAAUGGAUUUAAUAAUUAAAUUACUGCGACAGAUUGGAUUUUAAAAUUGUAAAAGCCAGAGAAUUGUUAUAUUAUUUAUACAAAAAAAAAAAAAAAUCGGUAUAGACAUUCCAGUAAAUACAUCUCAGAGUGAACGUCAUCAACAAAUAGACUAAAAAAAUGAAUUAAUUAUGGACAAUUAAAUUGACAAGAUAUUAUAAAUAAUAAUAUGAACAUAAUUAUGUAAUAAUACUUAAGGAAUUAUUGUGUAGUUCCUUUAUCUUUGUAAAUCGCCCGUCACCUGUAAAUUAAUAACAAAAUAAUACAUCAUUUAUAGUAAUAGAAAUCAUUAUGUCACAUGUCGUCGGAGUUUUAAAAGCAAACAGAAUUCUUAAUUUAAAAAAAAAAAAAACAAACGAAUUUAAUGAAAAUAAAAUGGUAAAUUUUUUCAUGUCGUAUCAUAUUUAAAAUAAUUUAUUGACAGUAAUAACAUUAAUUUAUAUUUUUUUUUCCUUCAUUUUUAUUAUUACAUAUGUUAUUAAUUAUCGAUAAUAUUUAUAAUUUUAAGCGUAUUAUACAUAUAUGCAUAUAUAUAUUCAAAAUAUAAGUAAAAUUAAAACCGUAUAUAAAACUUUAUAAAUAUUAAUGUGUAGGAUGUUUAACAUCGACGUAUUAUCCUCGUGCUUUUAAUCCAUUAUUUUAAAAUCUGCCGUCUUUGAAUUUAAAUCUUCAUGUUAAUUAAAUACUUGAAUAUUAAUUAAAUUAAUAGGUUUAAAUACUUAACAAUUUGAGUGUAAAACAAUUAAAUAUAAUUACAUUUCUUUUAUUAUAAAUAGUGUAAAUUUCUUAUAAAACUUAAAAUUUUAAAUAAUUAAUUAUAUAAAAUUUCAUAAAUAUUUCAAUUUUUUAUACAUAUAUUAAUAUAUAUGUCAAGGCAAUUAAUGUACACAGUCUUUCGAUCUAUUUCAAUAAUCAUUAAAUUCUUUUUUUUUACCGGCUUUGAUUAAAUUGGAUAUAACUUUAAAUUCAUUACAUAAGUUUAUAUAUAUUUAUUUUAAAUUAUAUGUAUAUUUGUCUCACCCUUAUUAAUUAUAAUUCAAAACAUCCUCAAUCAAUAUUAACUUUUAUUAUUUGAUUUUAAUUAAAAUUUGUAACAUUUAAUUUAACUUUUAAUGUAAAAAAAACUUGACAAAAUCGCUGUAAAUAAUUUUAAAUGCAGCUCUUUUUUUUUUGUAAAUUAUUUAUUUUAAAAUUCCGUACUGUUAUAAAAAAAAAGUUUUCCAAAAUUAAUUUAUUUAAAUUUGUUAAUUAUUUUAAUAAAUCAGAUUAUUGGAAGAUGCAUCGAGGAUUUUUGCGUACGAUUUAAACACAAAUAAUUAUAAUAAGUAAUAGAAUUGUUUGCGUAACUAUAAAUAUUAAGUGUAUAUAUAUAUAUAAAUAUAUACACAUUAUAUAUAUAUAUAUAAUUGUAUAUGUAUAUCUAAAGCAUUAUAAAAAAUAACUGGUCGAUGUAAUAAGUAAUAUUUAAAUAUUGUAACAAUUGUAUAUGAUUUUAUUACUACUACUUAUAUUAUUACACGCUGAUUGUAUUAUAUAUAUAUGAAAAAGAUCUGCGACCUCCCACUUGUAGUACAUAUUGUUAUAUACACAAAACAUUUAUUAAAUCAUAUAUUAAAGAUAGUAAAUUUAAAAAAAAAAUAAUUUAACAUUAAAAAUCAACAUUUUCAUAUUUCAAAUAAUAAUUAUAUUAAUAUUAAUAAUAAUAAUGUAAUUUUUUAUUCUGCAAGAAGAAAUUGUAAAGCAUAACACGACAUACAUUUACAUAUAUAUAAAUCAUUAUUAUUAUUAUUAUUAUUACUAUAUUCUUUUUGUCAUUUAUAUUGUUAAUUACAGUACCGACAUAUGAAUAGUACGCCCUGAUGACUGAUGUACAGUAGCGCGCUAUUCAUUUUACAUCCACUUUAAUCGCUUUAAAAAAAUGACUAAAAUUGUAAUCUUAUUUUCUUUUUGUUUAUAAUUAAAAAAAAAAAAAACCUGUAUAUAAUUACAAUAAUUCGCAAUAAUUUUUUCAUAAAUAAAUAUUUCGAAGAAUGGUAACAUGUAAAAAAAAAAACAUUUUAAUAUUUUUAAACAAAACCGCCCUUUUUUUUAUUGCUUAUAGUUAAUAAAAUUCGACUUUUAAAUAAUUAAUUUUAAAAAAUAUACAUAUAUUUUUUGUUUUAUAUUUAAAAGGAAAAACUGAACGAUAUAUGACGACAGUAAUCCUAUUCAAAUAACGGGAUUAAUUAUUAUAAAUUGAAUAAAUAAAAAAAGUCUGUAUUCCAAAAUAGUAUAUAAUAUUUAGAUAAGUGGGAUGGAUAAGCAUAUGAAUAAAUAAAUAUUAAAAAAAAAAAACAAUACAUACUUUGUAUAUUAGUGUAUAGAGUAAAAUGUAGAGAAAAAUUAAAACAAGAUACGAAGAAAUAGCCAGCAAAAAAUAAUAUUUCAAUAAUCCAUUUUCGACAAAGUUUUUUAUAACAGGCGCAGAGCAGUAAGAAUAGAUAAUCAUUGUAACAUUUUAAAUUAAACAAAAACAAAAACAAAAAAAUAUUAAUAAACAUUCGUGAGCAGUUUUUAAAACAAACGCACUAGAUUGAAAUAAUAAUAGUAAUAAUAAUAAUAAUAAUUAUACUAUUUCUCUCGCUCUUUAUCGUUCUCAUUCUAUCUCUACCUUCAUAUAAAUUCAUAACCAUACAUUUAUUCUACACAUCAACACAAACAAUUAACUGUGUAAAAGAAGUUAUUUUAUUAUUUUUGAAACAUUCAAUUUAUUAAUUUAAAUGAGAGUUUUAUUUUAAGUUUUUUUAGUUUUUUCAAUAGCGUUUUGUUUAAAUAAUAAUUAAAUUUAAAAGCAAUAAUGUGUUCUGUUAAGGGGGCCUGAGAUACAAAAAAAAGAAGAUAUUUUUGAGAUUUUUUUUUCAGAGUACCUUCUUAAUUAAAAGUCUUAAAAGUUGUGACAUUAUUAGGCUUCAUUUAAAAAAUAUUCUGUGAAAUUUUCAUAAAAAAAUAUUGAAAAAUAAGCCAGUCGUAGUGGGGAGAGACAAAUCAUUUAAAAAAAGUUUCCAUGUCGGCACGAUAACUCAUGCCUCAUCUGAAAUCAAAAAACCAAUAAGAUUUCUUCAGUACUUAAGUUUAUCUUGGAGUUGAACGAAGAAAUAAACAAAAUAUUGAUUUUUGAAUUUUUGGUAAAGGUGCAAUCAAAAAACUCGGAUUUUUGCCAAAAAUUUCUUCUUUUGUUUAACUAAAGAAUAAGUAAUAAUUGAAAAAAAAAAUCCUUCGUUCAAAUCCAAGAUAUACUUAUGUACGAAAGAAAUCUUUUUGGUUUUUUGCCUACGACAUGGAGAUUUUUUUUUUAAGUGACUCGUCUCUCCCCAUUACCACUGGCUUAUUUUUCAAUAUUUUUUUAUGAAAAUUUCACAGAAUAUUCUUGAAAUGAUACUUAAUAAUGCCACAAAUUUUAAGAAUUUUAAGAACGAAUGAACUCUGAAAAAAAAAAAUCACAAAAAUUUGCUUUUUUUUUGUAUCUCGAAUCCCCUUCCCUUCAUAAUAAAAAAAAAAAAACAUAAUUUUAUAUUUUGACGUUUUUGUCGUUAAAAAAAAUUGGCAAUCUAACUUAUAAAAAUUUGAAUUUGAUAUUAAAUAAAAAUAAUAAUAUUUAAUUAAAAUAAUUUUAUUAAAGCAAUUAUAAAUUAAAUUUAUGUAGAGCUGUUUCGUAGUUACUCUAUAUUU